CUCUGUUGCUUAAUUAGUUGUCUGUUACACCCAUGAUGUCUCUUGGUUUGUCGGAUUUUACAGACAUUGAAUCUGAAGAAACUUUUUCUACAAAUGGAUUCGGAAACAAUAUUCUUACAGUUUUUGAACAGAUUCGAAGAGAGGGAAAGAUGUGUGAUGUUGUUCUGAAAGUGGAAGGUGGUCAAUUUUCUGCUCAUCGUAUUGUUUUAGCUGCUUCGAUACCUUAUUUCAAUAGCAUGUUUACAACGGAUAUGGUGGAGGCUAAUAUGCCUGUCAUUCCAAUGCAGGGAAUAGAUGUUGCUGCACUCGAGGCAAUCAUCAACUAUGCAUACAGUGGUCGAAUUACACUUGAUAUUACCAAUGUACAAAGUAUAUUAGUUGGUGCAAAUUUUCUUCAAUUACAAAAUGUAAAAGACUAUUGCUGUGAAUUCAUUAAGAAACGAUUACAUCCGACAAAUUGCCUGGGUAUACGACACUUUGCCGAAUUGCUAAUGUGUGGAUCAUUGGUAGAAAAGGCAAAUAGUUUCAUCGAACAAAGAUUUUUAGAAGUCACAAAAUCACAAGAAUAUCUUCAACUUUCUCUUGAUGAAGUUACAGACUUAUUAGCAAGAAAUGAGAUAAAUGUUUCUUCAGAAGAACAGGUAUUUCAUGCUUCUACAGUUUGGAUUAAGGAAGAUCCAGCAGAGCGAACAAAACUGAUGCAAGAACUGCUUCAAUACAUCAGAUUACCUCUUCUACGACCACAAUUCCUAACAGAUGUAGUGCAGAUGCAUCAUACUGUGAAAACCUGUCUGAAAUGUAGAGAUCUCGUUGACAAAGCAAAAGAUUAUCAUUUGAUGCCAGAACGUAGAUAUGAGUUUCCUCCAAAUAUGGUUCGACCAAGAUGUUGUACCGAUGUACAUACCAUGAUUUAUGCAGUUGGAGGUUUAACAUCUAGUGGUGAAGCACUCAACAUUGUGGAAAAAUAUGAUCCAAUUGUUGGCAGAUGGGUAACAGUAUCUUCCAUGAAAACAUGCAGAAGUCGAGUCGGGGUUGCUGUACUUGCCGGUCAGUUAUAUGCAGUAGGAGGAUAUGAUGGAUCUCAAAGACUAAAGACUGUUGAAAUGUUCUCUCCUGAUACAAAUGAAUGGUGUGAUGUCAAACCUAUGAAUAUGAAGCGAAGCGCAUUAGGGUGUGUUGCACUCGAUGGAGAAAUAUUUGUGUGUGGUGGAUUUGAUGGCACUUCAUCUCAGAGCUCAUGUGAAGUAUACAAACCCCAUACUCAAACCUGGGAAUUAAUCAAACCUAUGCAAAAGGGACGCAGUGCUGCUGCAGUUGGAGCAUUUGAAAGAAAUGUGUAUGUUCUUGGGGGUCACGAUGGACUACAAAUUUUCAAUUCUGUGGAAUAUUAUGUCAUUGAGAAAAAUGAAUGGACAAUGGGGGUUCCGAUGCUCACUAAGCGAUGUCGUCAUGGUGUAGCAACAUUGCGAGGAAUAUUAUUUGUUUUUGGGGGAUAUGACGGGAAAAAGUUUCUAGAUUCAGUGGAGCUGUUUGAUCCUGUCACCUGUCAAUGGUGUUUUGUGGCUCCAAUGAGCAUGCGGAGAAGUCGUGUUGGUGUUUCAACAAGUGGAGGAAAAAUAUAUGCAUUGGGUGGAUAUGAUGGAUGUUCAAAUUUAUCAUCAGUUGAGGUGUACGAUCCUGAAACAAAUACAUGGAAACUUGGUGAUCGCAUGUGGGCACAUGAAGGAGGUGUGGGAGUUGGUGCAAUCGCUCUUGAACCUGUCUAGUUAAUUGUUUGUAAUGUCUCCGCUUUUUUGAUCAACGAGACUGUGGAACCUUUCACACAAAGAUAUUACACAUGGCGUUUGUUCGAUGCUGCUAUGGAAACGAUUUGUAGCAAAGUUUCAUUUUUGUAAAACACACAUAGUUUUUUUUUUUUUAACUGUGAUACUCUUCGCCUUUUGUAACUCAAUGUAUUGUGCAAUUUUUUUCAUUGUAUUUCUAUGUGUUUGUAUUCGCGAAUUUUUAAUGUAUUUUUGUCUUAUGAACUUGCCAGUUUGCAGCUGAAGACACAUGCAUGCUUUUGUUGUGCGUUUUUCUGGAUUCUGUAGUUAUGCUUUCAAAAAGAUAUUCUCUAGUGUAUA